AUGAUUGCAUUUAGAGGAGUACCUAAAGGCCUUGGUGCCAUCCAACCCUCUUUGGCCAUUGGAGGCUUCAACCACAACGUACUUCGAUGUAGCCGAUCAAUUCCGUCUGGACUCCUUGGACAGCAGGCCAACGCAAAACAACCUAACAACAGCCAAAGACGAACCUUCGUAGCAAAAGCCACGGAAUACCUCCCCGCCUACCCGGACCUCACCGACUCCCAGUCCACCGUCCGCGAAGCCAUCGCCAAAAUCUGCUCCAACUACCCGGACGACUACUGGCUCAAAUGCGACAACGAAGCGCGCUGGCCCUCGGAGUUCCAACAAGCCAUCGCAAAAGACGGCUGGCUAGGCAUCAUGAUGCCUUCGGAAUACGGCGGCAGCGAGCUGGGCCUCGCCGAAGCGACGGUAAUGAUGCAGACGAUUUCGGAAAGCGGCGGCGGGAUGGCUGCGGCGAGUAGCGUGCACAUGAACAUUUUUGGUCUGGCGCCGGUGGUCAAGUACGGGAACGAGGAGCAGAAGAAGCGGUUUCUGGUCCCGAUGAUUGAGGGGAGGGAGAAGUCGUGUUUCGGCGUCACAGAGCCGAAUACCGGGCUUGAUACGCUGAAGUUGCAGAGCUUGGCUACGCGGCAGGGGGAGGAGUAUGUGUUGAAGGGGAGUAAGAUUUGGACGUCGACGGCGCAGGUGGCGGAGAAGGCUCUGAUGCUCGUGCGAACGACGCCUUUGGAGGCGGUGAAGAAGGCUAGUGAGGGGUUGACGUUGUUUUAUACUGAUAUUGACCGUGAGGUUGUGUCGGUGCAGGAGAUCAAGAAGAUGGGUCGUGCGGCUAUCGAUACGAAUCAGCUGUACUUCGACGGCUGGCGGGUCCCAGUCGCCGACCGCAUUGGCGAAGAAGGUCAGGGAUUCAAAAUGAUCAUGCACGGCAUGAACGCCGAGCGAAUCCUCGUCGCUGCCGAAGGCCUUGGGCUGGGGUACGCUGCUCUACGCCACGCGAGCCGGUACGCAAAAGAGCGAGUCGUGUUCGGCAGACCGAUCGGGCAGAAUCAGGGCAUCGCUCAUCCGCUGGCGAAAGCUUGGAUCGGGCUCGAGCAGGCGAGGUUGAUGACCAUGCAGGCGGCGAAGAUGUGGGAUGAGGAUUUUGCGACGGGGGAGUAUGCGAAUGCUUGUAAGUAUGCUGCCGCGGAGAGUGCGUUUACCGCGUGUGAGACGGCGGUGUGUUCGAUGGGGGGGAUGGGGUAUGCUAAGGAAUACCACGUUGAGCGCUACCUCCGCGAAGUGAUGAUCCCUCGACUCGCACCUGUGAGCAGAGAGAUGAUUCUCAACUACGUCGCCGAGAAAGUCCUCGACUUGCCCCGGUCGUACUGA